AUGAAGUUAGCUGGACUAUUUAUUUUACAGGUUUUUGCAUUGGUGAAGCUGGUUUGCUCUCAUCCUAUAGAUAAUACAGAUGAAAUAAAGCUGAAUAAAGAUUUUUCUUUGACCAAUGUCUUGAAUAUGAAAAAAAUACCAGACGUUUGGGAUGUCCAAGGUUCUUCUGUAUUGGAAGAAGGUAGAAUAAUUCUGACUCCAAAGGAGAGUACUAAAGGUAGUUUGUGGCAUAAAACUUCUUAUCCACUGGGAGAUUCUUUCACAAUUGAAUGGACUUUUAGAAGUGUUAACCAUGUAGGAAAAUCAGAAGGUGGGUUAUCUUUUUGGUUUAUUACCGGUGCUCAAAAGGAUGAUCAGGCUUUAUUCAAUGGACCAUCAACUUAUGAUGGUUUGCAAUUAUUAGUUGACAACAACGGUCCGGUCAGUCCAAGUAUUCGUGCAAUUUUAAAUGACGGUUCUAAACCAGUUCCUAAAGCUGAUUUGUAUGACAAAACAUUUGCUUAUUGUUUAAUGGGUUAUCAAGAUUCUUCAGUUCCUUCUACUUUGCGUUUAACUUACGAUAGAAAUGAUAACAAUCUAUUAAAAUUACAAGUUGAUAACAGAGUUUGUUUCCAAACUAGAAAAGUUCAAAUCCCUAAGGGUAAUUACCGUAUUGGUGUUACUGCUGAUAAUGGCAACACACCUGAACAUUUUGAAUUAUUUAAGAUGAAAACGUUCGAUGGUGUUAUUGAGGAUUCUUAUAUUCCAAAUGUCAACAGUAUGCCCCAACCAAAGAUGAUCACUAAAGUUAUCGAUAAAGAUACCGGUGCUGAGAAGCUAGUUGAAAAGACUGCUUUUGAUGCAGAAACUGAAAAGAUUUCAAACUAUGAAAUUUAUAGAAAAUUGGAUAGGGUCGAAGGUAAAGUUUUGGCAAACGACAUUCAUGAAUUGGAAACCCAAAUCGUCGCCUUAAUGAAGGGACAAGAAGACAUAUUGAAACAAGUCGGUCAUUUAACUCAGGCAUUGAGUAACAGAUUACAGUCUCAAGAUGGUGAAUCAAAGACUCAAGUUGACAUGGAAAGUUUUAAUGACUUUAUUGGUUUGAAUGAAAAAUUGGAAGUCUUGUUAGAAGAAUCACAAAAACUAAGAGAAGCUUCUAAACGUACAGGACAAAGUGGCACUCAUAUUGAUGAAAUAGUUCGUAAAUUGACAAUUUGGAUAAUCCCAUUAAUAUUCAUAAUGUCAGUUAUGGCAUAUUACACUUUCAGAAUAAGACAAGAAAUCAUCAAAACCAAACUAUUGUAA